AUGGGAAACUGUUUGAUGGGAGGAAACAACGUUGAAAGAGUGAUUCAAGAAGAAGAAGUAGUGAAGAAAGAUUACAAGAGAAAAGAUCGAAAAGUGAAGAUUGUUCUGAGAAGAGAUGAGUUAGAGAAACUCAUUCUUUUUCAGUUAAACGUCGAGGGCAAAGGAGAAACAACUUUGGCUUCUUUCGGCGAUUUUCUCAAGGAAUUAGAGGCGGAGAGAUCUGCCGGAGAAGCCGCGGCAAAGGCGGCGGAGGAGGAAGAAGAGUCUCGCCGGAGAUGUCGAAAAUGGAGGCCGUCGUUGGAAAGAAUCAUUGAAUGGCCUGAAGUGUAA